CGGGAGGCAUCGUACGAAGCUCUCCCUGGAGCCCUGUGCGGCCUCGCUGCGGGGGUUAUGAUCUUUUUUUUAUCACCAGCUAAAUAAUGGGCUCUAACAAAGGUGGCUGAACUUCUUCUCCCGGUGUAAACCGUCUUCACCGCCCGACAAUGACAAAAGAAAAAACCCGAGCGAAGCAGAAAUGUGACAACACUUGUAAAGAGGCUUCAUCAGAGCAGUGACAGCUCCGGGUUUGCCCGUGCAAGCGGCACCAAGACGGACGAGGAAACCCCGAGGAUCAGGGGCCUCCUGUCCGGAUGACACCAGCAGGAGCCAGCCACACUGCACUUCUUAGCUAGCAUUUUGCUAAGCUAACAAAUGUAGGACUAGGAGUUGUCAGGGUGGGUUUGCUGUCGCCGGAUGGACGGACAAGAUCCUUUUUUAGGACUGUGAGUGACAGUGAAAACUGCUAAAGGUUCUCCAGGCAUGAUGGAGAGACUUAAUAGCCAGGCUAUUAGCCUGGACCCACGCAGGCAGGAACUGCUUGAGGCUCGCUUCACUGGAGUUGGUGUCGCAAAGAGUUCAGCCAACAGUGAAUCAUCCAACCAGUCUCUGUGCAGCGCAGGAUCACUCAGUGACAAGGAAGUGGAGGUUGGUUGGGGGAAAGAAUCAAUCAGAAUGACAAAUGACUGUCCCCUCAUCUCCAGGUCCUUUAACCAUACACCAGAGAAGAAGGCCAAUGACCAGAGAAGCAGGAAGAGAAAAGGAGACAUCUAUGACAGCAACAGCCAGGGAAAAGGAAGAGGACACAAAAUAAGUGAUUAUUUUGAGUUUGCUGGUAGCAGUGGCUCUGGCACCAGUCCUGCCCGGGGCAUUCCCGUUCUGGUGCGCUCCUCUCCACAGCACUCACUGUCUAAUCCUCCGUUUCAGCACGGCAGUCCUUCGUCCACAGGCUCAGCCCACACAGACUCUUCAUCUUGCAGCUCUGUUAAGACAGCCCCCACACACACCUGUGCACACAAAGCCAUCCAGUCAGAACUGACGCUGCUGAAACUGAUGGCACUGGAGAAAGACAAGAACUCUGACCUGGAGAAGAAAGAGGGCAGGAUAGAUGACCUGCUGAGGGCUAACUGUGACCUUAGGCGACAGGUGGAUGAGCAGCAGAAGAUGUUGGAGCGCUUCAAGGAGCGGCUUAACAAGUGUGUGACCAUGAGCAAGAAGCUCCUAAUCGAGAAGUCAAAGCAGGAGAAGAUGGCUUGCAGGGACAAGAGCAUGCAAGACCGUCUACGUCUGGGCCACUUCACCACCGUACGCCAUGGAGCUUCCUUCACUGAGCAGUGGACAGAUGGAUAUGCCUUCCAGAACCUCAUCAAGCAGCAAGAGCGAAUCAACUCGCAGCGGGAGGACAUCGAGAGGCAGAGGAAACUGCUGGGGAAGAGGAAACCUCCCUCCAUGGCUCAGACACCUCCGCCCAGCCUGGAACAGAACAAACGAAAGAGCAGGAGCAACGGCCAGGAGAAUGAAACGUUGUCACUUGCAGAAUAUCACGAGCAAGAGGAGAUUUUCAAACUUAGAAUUGGUCAUUUAAAAAAGGAAGAGGCAGAGAUCCAGGCAGAGCUGGAGCAUUUGGAGCGGGUAAGGAACCUGCACAUUCGGGAGCUGAAGAGAAUCCACAACGAGGACAACUCACAAUUUAAAGACCACCCCACACUGAACGACAGAUAUCUGCUGUUACAUUUACUUGGAAGAGGUGGCUUUAGUGAAGUUUACAAGGCUUUAGAUUUAAUGGAGCAAAGAUAUGUGGCCAUUAAAAUCCAUCAACUCAACAAGAACUGGAGGGAGGAGAAGAAGGAAAACUACCACAAACACGCCUGUAGAGAGUACAGAAUCCACAAAGAACUCGACCACCCUAGAAUCGUCAAACUCUACGACUACUUCUCGCUCGACACAGACUCGUUCUGCACAGUGCUGGAGUACUGUGAAGGCAACGAUCUGGACUUCUACUUGAAGCAGAAUAAGCUGAUGACUGAGAAGGAGGGCCGCUCUAUUGUCAUGCAGAUCGUUAACGCCCUCAAGUAUCUCAACCAGAUUCGGCCACCCAUCAUCCACUACGACCUCAAGCCCGGAAACAUCCUGUUGGUUAACGGCACAGCUUGCGGAGAGAUUAAGAUCACCGACUUUGGCCUGUCUAAGAUCAUGGAUGAUGACAGCUACAACUCUGCAGAUGGCAUGGAGCUGACCUCGCAAGGAGCAGGGACCUACUGGUACCUGCCUCCUGAGUGCUUUAUGGUGGGCAAGGAGCCCCCGAAAAUAUCCAACAAAGUGGAUGUUUGGUCAGUAGGGGUCAUCUUCUACCAGAGCUUAUACGGACGCAAGCCGUUCGGUCAUAACCAGUCACAGCAGGAUAUCCUCCAAGAAAACACCAUACUAAAAGCUACUGAGGUGCAGUUUCCCCCCAAACCUGUGGUCACCACAGAAGCAAAGGCCUUCAUUCGCCGUUGCCUGGCUUAUCACAAGGAGGACCGCGUGGACGUGCUGCAGUUGGCAAGCGAUCCGUUCCUAAUGCCCCAUAUUCGAAAGGCCCUGGGCAGCAACACACCCGUGGCACCUCCUAUUCCCUCCACCUCCAGCUGCUACAGCAGCAAUGCCUCCGAAUGAAGGGAGCCGAAAGUCUGGAUUUAAAACCCUGUGAAGACAAAGCCACAUGGAGACGUUACACACUCGCUGAAACUCCUCCUUAGCUCUCUUGGUUGCAAGAGAGCAGAGAGCAUGAUGGGAUGGAGGGAACCUGAAAGUGUGAAAGUGUGAAUGGAACCAAAAUGAUGGAUAAUGAUGUGGUGAUGUAGUAGUAAAUGUGCCCACCACCUUUGUCCAAGUGGUUAAAAAUGAAGGGCCGGUCUCUGGCUGUGGGCUCAGUAGAACCCAAAGAUUUGCCCAUAUGCAUGCACUAACACAAAAACUUUGGGCUCGUUUCAAGGGGCUUUUUUACAUGAAUAAUAGUAAAAGCACCCAUAAAGAUUGCACAACUGACAGGCUGAGUAUGCCGUUCGUGGAAGAUCACCUGCCUCUAUUCUGUGGAAGGUUUAGAAGAAGAAGCAUUACUGAAAUUUCAUCCCAUACUGCUUGAAAUGCAUCAUCUAUCAAACUAUUUUUCAGUACUAUAGUGGUCAUUUUCAGAUAUGUAUCCCUAUUGGUUUGAACCUGAGACUUUUUAGGAAGGGCUCCUACAGUGAUGAGGAAUGAUGACCAAAGUUAAAGGCCUGCCUUGUUGACAUGGCACUGUUAAGAGGUUCAUAAAUGACUUAACACAGAAGAUUCGAGAAGGUUUCAACCUAUUUUGAAUAUUUUACUGGAUAACUGGAAGUCAGCUGCUUAUUUCAGUUGUUAAGUCCAUAUUUUUCCAUGAAAUUUACCCCCUUAAAUGUUUUUGUUAACCUUACAAGGGGAUGACUAUGAAUGAGUGUUGUGAUGAGAGGUAAGAUUCUCAACAGAAGUAAUGAUGAAACCAUUAAAAAACAUUUGGUUA